AUGGCCAAAGUAAUCGUUGCUUCCAUGGCUUUACCAGUCGUAGCAGGCAUUCUCAUUUCCAUGUUGUUGGCUGCUGCCAUAACUUGCUUAGUUCAAGAAGAACGUCAUAUAUACUUGGUCUUAAUGGAAGGAGUAGCUCUUGCUUUUCAUGAAGAAGCUUCCAUGGACCAACUUUCAUCAACACUGCACCCCAACAGGGAAGUCUCAAAGGCACAUGCAAAGCACUUACUGUCAUUUCAUGAUCUAUUUCUGCAAAGUACGUUGGAGACUGGAAGUUACAGUAAACUCCACAGUUACAAACACAUCAUCAAUGGCUUUUCUGUCCACACAACCCCUUCCCAGGCUGAAAGACUAAGAGGUAGCCCAAGAGUUAAGUUUGUAGAGAAAGACAGAGGAGUGAAAAUGAUGACAACAUACACACCUGAGUUUCUAAACUUACCAAAGGGAAUAUGGGCACAAGAAGGAGGAGAUACAAGAGCAGGUGAUGGAGUUGUCAUUGGUUUUAUUGAUAGUGGCAUCAACCCUUUUCAUCCCAGCUUUGCUUACGAUCCCAUGCAACCUUUCACAUCAAAUCUCUCUCAUUUUGGGGGUGCCUGUGAGACGGGUCCUCUCUUCCCUCCUAGUUCUUGCAAUGGAAAGAUAGUAGCAGCCAGGUACUUCUCUGCUGGGGCUAAAGCUGCUGCUAACCUCGAUCCUUCCAAGGAUUUUCUUUCACCGUUUGAUGCAGAUGGACAUGGCAGUCAUGUGGCAUCUAUUGCUGCUGGAAAUGCUGGUGUUCCUGUUGUGGUGAACAGUUUUUGCUAUGGGAAAGCUAGUGGAAUGGCACCAGGUGCAAGGAUUGCUGUUUAUAAGGCUGUGUAUCCCUCCGUGGGAACUCUAGCAGAUGUUAUUGCUGCGAUCGAUUCGGCUGUCCUGGAUGGGGUGGAUAUCUUAUCACUAUCUGUGGGACCAAAUGAACCACCAGAAGACACGUUAACCUUCUUAAGCAUAUUUGAUAUUUCUUUGUUGUUUGCACGAAAAGCAGGAGUUUUCGUGGUGCAAGCUGCAGGAAACAACGGUCCCGCAUCUUCAAGUGUAGUGUCGUUCAAUCCCUGGAGUCUCAGUGUUGCCGCUAGCACCACAAACAGAGGGUACCCUUCUUCACUUCUUCUUGGAAAUGGCUCAAUACUUAAUGGCGUGGGACUAUCAGGACCAAGUUUUGGAAAUGGAUCAGUUUGGCAUAAGCUUGUUUUGGCUAAGGAUGCAGUAAAAAUAAAUGGAACAAGUCCAAAGACUCCGGAGUACAUAGAGGAGUGCCAACAUCCAGAAGUUUUGGACCCUAAUAGAGUGUCGGGAAGUAUCAUUAUCUGCACCUUCUCAGCUGGCUUCUAUAAUGGGACCUCAACUCUUGCUGGUAUUAUUGACACCGCGAAGACUCUAGGAAUGGAGGGCUUUGUUUUAGUAGCGAACCCAAACUAUGGUGAUUAUAUUGCAGAGGCAAUUCCUUUUGCUGUGUCUGGUAUUAUGAUCCCUCGUGUAGAUGAUGCCAAGGUUAUAUUACAGUACUAUGAACAACUGACAAAGAGGGAUGAGAAAGGAACUGGCGCAGAAUUUGCUGCUUUGGCAGCUGUGGGAGAAGGACGACUUGCUUCUUUCACAGGGAGAUCGCCAGUAGUCAGUAGAUUUUCUUCAAGGGGUCCAGAUAUCAUUGACAUCCACAAAAAUCUUGCAGAUGUACUUAAACCUGAUAUUCUUGCUCCAGGGCACCAAAUAUGGGCAGCCUGGAGCCCCAUCAGCGCCGCAGAACCUAUGCUCAAAGGGCACACUUUCGCAUUGUUAUCUGGUACCAGCAUGUCCACACCUCAUGUGGCUGGAAUAGCAGCACUGAUCAAGCAUUACAAUCCAUUAUGGACGCCAUCCAUGAUAGCAUCUGCGAUCACCACAACAAGCUCAAAGUAUGAUAAUCUUGGAGAGCCUAUGAUGGCAGAAGGCUCUGAGAUCAACAGCUUGCUUCCCUCCACUCCUUUUGACUAUGGGGCAGGCUUUGUGAACCCCAACCGUGCCAUUGAUCCUGGUUUGGUACUGUCAUCAGAAUAUGUAGACUUCAUCGGUUUCCUGUGCUCUUUGCCAAACAUAAGCACGGAUGCAGUCAUUGCAGCUACUGGAGAGCAAUGCAAUCACCCAUUUGCCAAUCCAUUCAGUCUAAACCUUCCUUCAAUUUCAUUAUCUGCACUAAGAGGAUCAGUUUCUGUCCGAAGAACUUUCAUGAAUGUUGGGAACACCACAGAGACAUACUUGGGCUCUGUUGUCCCUCCAAAUGGAACUAAAGUCUACCUGCGUCCAACUUGGUUUACCAUUAGUCCACAAGGAACGCAAGAUCUGGAAAUACAAUUCAGCGUCGUCCAACCAAAGCAGAAUUUUACCUUUGGUGAAAUUGUUCUGACAGGAAAUUUAAACCACAUUGUACGAAUAACAUUGUCAGUCUUGGCAGUUUCAGUGUAA